GUGAAUUUGCGAUUCGGGAAAAAGAGCGAGCAGAUUUGGAAGGGAGAGGGGGAGGCGCAUGCGGCGGCGGCGGCGCUCUCUGGGUGUCGCCUGAGGCCGUGCGAGUUCCGCGGCACAGCUGCAAUCCGCUCGAGCUGGCCCGCCCGAAGAGACCAUGCUGCUGAGGCCUCCCUCCGCCCCGGCUCGUUGGCGAUGACACCGGAGGGAGCAGCGGUGCCGGCGGAGUUGCACGGGGUAGUGCAGUCUGCGCCCCUGCGGCGGCUGCGCCACCCCCAGGAGGAGAGUCCAUUGUGGGGGUUGGCGUGCGGCGCGGUUGGGGGCUCGCUGGCCCUCGCGCUCAGCCUGCCGCUGCUCGCCGCCUUCCUCCUCCUCCUCCCUGUCGCGCUCAUCCUCAGGGCUCUUGUUCUCCGCUGCUGGCCCUCCAGCCCUCACGAUGACGACGACAAAAACAUCUACAGAGAUUUUGGGGAGCCAGAGCCUCUUCGGGGCAACGAUGAGCGGUGGCUGGGCGGGCAGGACGCCAUCAGCCACACGGUUUUGGUUUUCGACGCGGGUCUGUCAUGCGGUCACCUGCAGGAACUUGUGACCGCCCGCGUGCUGACCCGCUACCCUCGCCUCUCCUGCCGCCUUGUGCCGAACCCAGGACCGAAAAACGCUUCUCACUGCUGGCGCUCCGUCGACCCCGUCUUCAUCGAACAGCAUGUCUUUGAGGCGCCCAACUGGACCGGCGGUUCUGAGGAGAAUCUACAGAGGUAUGUGGAGGGACUGUUGGAGACGCCACUGGAUGCGGAGAAGCCUCCUUGGGAAUUGCACGUUUUGAGCGCGUACGGUCGUCACGGGGACACGGCGGUGGUGCUGCGCGUGCACCAGUGCCUGGCGGACGGCAUGGCACUGGUCAGAGUGCUUUGCCACGCCCUCUCGGACACCAGGGUGCUGCACGUGCCGCAGAAGCCACACUUUGGAGGCCUCACGUUCUCGGUGAAUGCGGUCAGGGCGCUGCUUGUUGGUCCGGCCACACUGCUUGCCUGGUUCCUGCUGGCCAGGAAUGCGCCCAGACGCUCCGUUGUUGCCACCGUCGCCGCCAGGGCCGCCCAACCCUGGCCCACCAUCACCAUCAGCGCCGAUGUUGACCUCGAAAGCCAACAGGAGGAACAGACGACGCAGUUGAAAGUGAAGAGGUACUCGUUGUCCUGGUCUGCGGGCAUCGCCCUUCACAAAGUGGUGCGCAUCAAGCACGUGACCAGGGCGACGGUGAACGAGGUUCUCUUGGCCGGAGUGGCUGGGGCGAUUCGUGCCUUACUGCAAGGGUGCGGCGUCAGGCACCCGCCAGAUCUCAAGAUUGUGGUGCCCGUUGACCUGCGUUCGGACGCGCUGUGUCCUGAGGCGCAUCCCCGACUGGGCUCAAAGGUUGCGCCUGUGGUGAUGGCUCUGCCGUCAGGUGUUGAGGGCUCCAUCCCAAGAUUGUGGGCCGCCCGCAAGAUCAUGGCUGACCUUAAGACUUCAGCCGCCCCCGCCAUUAGCUACCUCGGCUCUGCUGCCCUCAUGAAAGUGCUUCCUUCCCAAUGGGCCAGAAAGUUGCUGCAAGAGGUGCAAAGCAACACUUCGCUCCAGUUCUCGUCCCUUCCUGGCCCGCCGGCCACAGUACUGGUCGGUGGCCACCCCCUCAAGGCAGUCUACACCAUCCUGCCCGCACCCUCUUGCUCAGGCCUCGCCAUAUCCGUAUUCACCUACGCAGACCAGGUCUACGUGACCGCCCUCUCUGAGAAGAGUUGCCAAAUUUUGACUAAGGAGCUGCUCCAGUACCUAAACCAUGAGAUUGAGUGCAUGUGGAACCUACUGAUGUAUCGAAGGGCACCUGGCGAGGGCCGACCGGCUAACGUGGUGUUCAAAAUGACUGACGCUACCUCUCCAGUGGAAGAGUUGCAAGCAAGACUGCACGAGGUGCAGGGUGAGGUGGCGUCGGUGAGCAGCACCCUGAGGAGCAAAUCAGAACACCCUGAAGACCAGGACUCGCCUGUGGCGGACAAGAAGGAAGAGGAACUGACUGACAAACUGGACAAGCUCAAGUCUGAAUUCACCCAGCUGCUGCAGGAAGUGAGGCGCAGGAAGUCUCUCUUGGGCGAUCCUGGCUCUGCGUCUUUUUUCGAGGACGAAGAGAUGGGUGGUGAGUUGUGGAGACCCCGGCGGCGCUCCGCAAUCUCCUUUGGCAGCAUCCCUGGCCUGCUCGGCGUGCCAAACUCGAGGCCCUUGUCCUCGGCCAGCCCCGACACUAGUCCCCCCACCAGCCCAGAACUACCGCGCUGGGAGAAAGCUCUGUGAUCUUUUCGACCCACUCUUAUUAUAUGAUAUUAUAUAAUCAACGAGACACAAUGCAUACAAUAAUUUUUAAGAGAACGAGUGAGAGGUGCUAUACCCGUUUAAAAAGUCUUGAUAUAUGUAUGAAAGAAAAACGCUGGACGACCUUUCCAUAGGUUUAGACUAUAAAUUGAUUCAAGAGUAAACAUUUUUGCGGGUAAAAUGUGAAUAUUGUUGUGGUUGGAAAGGAUCUAAUUAACUAAUAGAUUUUGUGAUAUAAAACAAAUAAAGCAAAAAGCCCUUUUGUCUGGCAUAAAAAAAUUAAUCGCAAUUCACUCAACAUUCUUAUGUGUAUUUGAAAAUUUGUAAGUUUCUAGUCAAAAGAUAGAUUGUGGGGAAACACUUCUUAAGAGAAAAUCUUAUCUAAUUUCUUGAUAAUAUUUGACCAGAAAGAUUUUUCUGCUCUAAAUUUGUAUUGAAAGUAAUCAUUGUAAAAAAAAUAGCCUUUGAAGUGAAAUUUAUAACACGAUUCCUUGUUACUAUUUUAUUUGCACAAUUAAUUUGGCAUAAUUUAAAUUUUCUCUCUUGGAAGUAGUGUUUCCUUGCUUCUCAAAGCCUUCAUUUAAAAAUUGAAUUUACUGAAAUUGAAUCAUUCCUUCUACUUUUAGCAAUAAAUGCAAUGCAUUUUUAACAAACUUUAGGAAAAAUUUAAAAAAAAGGUCUUUUAUGAUUAUUAUCUCAAAAAAGCACACACUUUGAACCAAUUUUUGUAUCCAAAUUUGCAAUAAUGUAAUCGAAGGUUUUGGAGAAAAAAAACACCUAAAAUUUUGAAUCAUUCUAGUGCACAAAUACAAUAAUUAUUCUGUAUCUCCUCACAAUAUAAAUGACUUUGCGUCUUAUUUGUGGUAUCAGUGCCUUUAGAGUUUCCUCCACCGUCAUCGAAAUAAAAUUGAAAAUUAAAUAAACCAUAAACUAAAUAAAAAACUGCAU